AUGGUUGAGGCGGAUCGCCCCGGGAAGCUUUUCAUUGGCGGGCUCAACCCCGAAACCGAUGAGAAAGGCCUAGAGGCCGCGUUUGGCAAAUAUGGCCGCAUCAGCGAGGUUCUCUUGAUGAAAGAUCGAGAAACCAACAAGUCCAGGGGCUUUGCGUUCGUCACCUUCGAAAGCCCCGCAGACGCCAAGGCCGCCGCCAGAGACAUGAACGGCAAGUCCCUGGAUGGUAAGGCCAUCAAGGUGGCCCAGGCCACCAAGCCGACGUUUGAGAGCGGGCGGCGGGGCGCGCCGCCGCCGUCCCGCAGCCGCGGUCGCCCGAGGGGCCUGCGCGGCACCCGCGGGGGCGGCGGCGGCCCGCGGCGACCCCCGUCCCGGGGCGGGCCGGCGGACGACUGCAGCUACGCGGGGGAUUUCGACCCGCGGCCCUCCAGGGCCCCUAUGCCCAUGAAGCGCGGGCCGCCGCCGCGCAGGGCCGGGCCGCCCCCCAAGAGGGCCGCGCCGUCGGGCCCGGCUCGCAGCGGCGGAGGAAUGAGCGGGCGGGGUCCGGCCGCGCGCGGGAGAGAUGGCUAUGCUGGCCUGCCGCGCCGGGAACCGCCACCCCCGCGCCGCGACCCCUACCUGGGCCCCCGGGAGGAGGGCUACUUGCCCAGAGACGGCUACUCGAGCCGAGACUACCCGAGCGCCCGCGACCCCCGCGAGUUUGCUCCGUCGCCCCGAGAGUACACCUACCGCGAUUACGGCCACUCCAGUGCCCGCGACGACUGCCCGUCGAGAGGCUACGGCGACCGAGACGGCUACGGCGGGCGCGACCGCGACUACGCGGACCAUCCGAGUGGAGGCUCCUACCGAGAUCCCUUCGAGAGCUACGGGGACCUGCGCAGCGCCGCCGCAGCGCGGGGGCCCCCGCCUUCUUACGGCGGAGGAGGCCGCUACGACUACUACCGCGGCUGCUCGCCUGACGUCUACGGCGGCGGCCGCGACAGUUACGGCGGCGGCCGGAGCGACCGCUACUCGAGGGGCCGCGACCGGGUUGGCAGAGCCGACCGCGGGCUCUCCCCGUCCUUAGAGAGGGGAUGCCCUCCCCCGCGCGAUUCUUACAGCCGCUCUGGCCGCAGGGUCCCCAGGGGCGGAGGCCGCCUGGGAAGCCGUUCCGAGAGAGGGGGAGGCCGCAGCAGAUACUAAGUACCGACAGACUUGGGACCAAAAUUCCGUUUGCAAAGAAACUAACGAAAAGAAGAGUCUGUGUUCUGGCAAACUACCCAAGGACUAGUACAAGGAAGCGUUGUUUUCACCUUUUAAGAAUUAUCUGUUAACUUCUUCUCCAUAAUUUUUGUGCUUUGGGGAGGAAAAAGUUAGAACUCGUUUAAUUGCGUUUUGGAAUUGUUAACGUUUCUUUCAACAAGCUCAUGUUAAAAGUAUAAGACUUGAA